CAGCCGCGUUCACGGGUGUGUGAGUGCGCAGGCGUGCGUGAUUGGAUGGCCCAGGCGUGGGGCCUCUUUCUGACAGGUGUUUCUAGGGGUUGGGGUGCCAGAAGCUACCCACCUGAAUCUCGCUAGCGCCAUGGGCAGCAGCUGCCGCAUUGAAUGCAUAUUUUUCAGCGAGUUCCAUCCUACGUUGGGACCCAAGAUCACCUAUCAGGUCCCUGAGGACUUCAUCUCCCGGGAGCUGUUUGAUACAGUCCAGGUGUACAUCAUCACCAAACCAGAGCUGCAGAACAAGCUCAUCACUGUCACAGCCAUGGAGAAGAAACUGAUUGGCUGCCCUGUGUGCAUUGAACAUAAGAAGUACAGCCGUAAUGCCCUGCUCUUCAACCUAGGAUUUGUGUGUGAUGCCCAGGCCAAAACCUGUGCCCUCGAGCCCAUUGUCAAAAAGCUGGCUGGUUACCUGACCACUCUGGAGCUGGAGAGCAGUUUUGUGUCCAAUGAGGAAAGCAAACAGAAGUUGGUGCCCAUCAUGACCAUCUUACUGGAGGAGCUAAAUGCCUCAGGCCGGUGCACUCUGCCCAUUGAUGAGUCCAACACCAUCCACUUGAAGGUGAUUGAGCAGCGACCUGACCCUCCUGUAGCACAGGAAUAUGAUGUGCCUGUCUUUACCAAGGACAAGGAGGAUUUCUUCAACGCACAGUGGGACCUCACAACACAGCAGAUCCUGCCCUACAUUGAUGGUUUCCGCCAUGUCCAGAAGAUCUCAGCUGAAGCAGAUGUGGAGCUCAACCUGGUGCGCAUAGCCAUCCAGAACCUGCUGUACUAUGGUGUCGUGACACUUGUGUCCAUCCUCCAGUACUCCAAUGUGUACUGCCCGACACCCAAGGUCCAAGAUCUGGUAGAUGACAAGUCCCUGCAGGAGGCAUGUCUAUCCUACGUAACCAAGCAAGGGCACAAAAGGGCCAGUCUCCGGGAUGUAUUCCAGCUGUACUGCAGCCUCAGCCCUGGCACAACUGUGAGAGACCUCAUUGGCCGCCACCCCCAGCAGCUGCAACAUGUUGAUGAACGGAAGCUGAUCCAAUUUGGGCUUAUGAAGAACCUCAUUCGGCGACUACAGAAGUAUCCCGUGCGGGUGUCUCGGGAGGAGCGCAGCCACCCUGCCCGGCUUUACACAGGUUGCCACAGCUAUGAUGAGAUCUGCUGCAAAACAGGCAUGAGCUACCACGAGUUGGAUGAGCGACUGGAAAAUGACCCCAACAUCAUCAUCUGCUGGAAAUGAGGCUGUUGUAGGUUGGAUAAAGCAUACGGCUAUGGCUACUCUCUUUCUAAGCCCUGCCUGUUGCACUGAGGGAUAGACCAACAGACUAGUCCACACUGUCUCAAGGUUGACCCUCAGUUUUGUAACUAAAGUCACCCAUUGCUACCUACCUUUAUUGAGUACCACUUCUAAAUCGGGGGCCACCAAAGAACCAGCAAUGUCCCAGCUCCUUGGAGCGCCAUCUGAUUCACAGGACCCUCAGUGGAUAAGUAAAUGUGCCCACUUAAACUGAAAUAAACAGCCAGAAACAGUAAGAAAGGUGUAAUGAAAAGUGAGUUGGGAUGGGGGCUGGGCUGCUCUGGAUUAAAUGGGUAGGGAAGGUCUCACUGAGGACUAAAGGAGGCCAAUACUAAAGUAUUGCAGGCAGAGGGAACAGGUGCAAAAUCCCCAAAGCAAAAACCUCUUUGGUGUGUAUGAAACACCUAAAGGAGAGCCCAUAGCACUGUAACGUAGGAGGCAAAGGGAAAUGGCUCAAAAAGGGGUAUCCUGGGCCUCCCUGGUGGUGCAGGGGUUAAAGACAGCACUUUCAAGCUAUCUGCCAGCCACUGCAGCAUGAGUUCAAUCCCCGGCCAGGGAGCUGCCCACAUGGCACAGCAGACCUCUCCUGACUCUCCUGCUGCUCCCCUCAGCAGUGUAUUUUAGUAGAUCCACCUGUUCUGCUCCCCACUCUCUCUGGUGAAUCCUCUCCCCGCACCUCUGGUCUACACACCAGUUCUUGCAUAAAUAAAUACAUCUUUAAAAAAAAAUGAUGUCCUGACGUAGGAGGGGG